AAUAAUAAUAAAUAACACAACCGCUUAAUUUGGUAUACAUACAGUUGAAAAGAAGAUUUUCUGGUUGGAAGAGAUUUUCUGAAAAUUGCAAAAAUGGAAACAGAAUCUGUGCCUCCUGCUUUUACGCAAAUGAACGAAAUGGCCUCCGCCGGGAGUGGUGGCAAAAUUCUAUUUGCGACUGACGACUGGUUUGCUCCUGCCGAAAUGAUGAUAAAGGAUGAUCCUCCAAUUUUCAUCGAGGGCAAGUUCACAGACUUUGGAAAAUGGAUGGAUGGUUGGGAGACCAGAAGAAAACGCAUAGCGGGACACGACUGGUGCAUCCUCCGACUGGGAGCUCCCACUGUCAUCAGGGGCAUUGAGAUGAACACUGCCUUUUUUACUGGAAACUUUGCGCCUAGAUUCUCUCUCCAGGCGGCUGCCCUUCAUGGUGACGAUGCAAAAUACUUUCCAUCAAGAAAAUCCAACUCUAUGGGUAUCGCUUGUUCUCCUGAACAGUUGAAGAAAAUGGAGGAGUUGAGUACCGAACAGUGGGAUGAACUGGUUCCAAUGACACCCUUAAGACCAGGCUAUGAAGAGACCAGGCAUAAUUAUUUUUCGAUCGAUUGUGACCGAACCUACACACAUGUCCGGCUUAACAUUUACCCGGACGGCGGUGUCGCCCGUCUGCGCGUCUACGGCGAGGUCAAACCCGACGUCAACCUGAUCAAGGGCGGCAGGACAAUGGACCUGGUCAGCAUGAAGAACGGAGGACUCUGCGUUGGAUUUUCUAACGCACAUUUUGGACACCCAAGAAAUUUAAUCAAGAAAGGCAAAGGUUUAAAUAUGGGUGACGGUUGGGAAACCGCCAGAAGGUUGGACCGACCUGCCAUUCUGGAAAGCGACGAUAAAGGAAUUCUGCUCGUUCCAGGUAACGAAUGGGCGAUAUUCCGUUUAUGUGGAAUUGGCACCAUAGAAAAAGUGCUGAUUGAUACUAAACAUUUCAAGGGUAACUUUCCGGAUUCUAUGAAAAUGGAAGGUGCUUUGGUGAGCAACAGUCGAGAUAGAAACAAUAGGAGUUUGAAAUUGCUAGAAUGGAAACCAAUCAUCAACAGCACAAAGUUAAAAGCGGACAGCGAACACUUCUACGAAGACUUUGUGAAUUCAGGACCAUUCUCUCACAUCCGUCUAACCAUUUCACCAGAUGGAGGUGUAUCCAGGAUGCGCAUUUUUGGAAGAGUCACCACCACCACAAAAACAUGAGUAGACAAAUUUAUUUUUUUAUAAUUUUUUAUUGAAUUAAAAAAUUAACUGAAAUAUG